CGUCCUGUCAGCCACAUCUCUUUCCAUUGUAUUUCGUGCCGCUCACAUGGUGGAUUUUCCUUCCGUUUCUGAUUCCCAAUUUUCCACAGAGCACAAGAAACGGAUAUGGACACAAAUCACAAUUCUCGUCUCUCCCGAGCUGGCUUCGGUUCAACAAUAUUUUUGUAACAGUCGGUUUCACUAAGAAAGACUCCGGCGGUCGAACGCGAAGACGAAAAUGAUAUAAUGGCAGAUAAUCUCGUCUACAGACUUUGGUCAAUUUUGGAAGAAAAUCAGUUUCAAUCUUGAAGCCAACAUUGCCGCUUCCAUUCACGUAGGUGAUAUUCGUUGUGAAACAAACCAUGAGGUCUUCAACUUCCAGAUUAUCAACGUUCUCCUCCAGGGAUUCCUUAUGGAACCGGAUGCCCGAUCAAAUAUCCGUAUCGGAGUUCAUCGCCGAAACGACGGAAGAUUACAACUCGCCGACCACCUCCAGCUUCACCACCAAGCUACUCAACUGUAGGAACACGGCGUCCCUGCUCGAGGAGGCGUUAGAUUUGGACAAAAAUGCACUACAAAAAGUAAAGAAAUCAGCAAAAUCAAUAAACACUUCAGGUCAAGAACAUGUGCAAAAUGAAGAGAACUAUGCACAGGCACUGGAUAAAUUUGGGAGUAAUUUUUUAAGUCGUGAUAAUCCGGAUCUUGGCACAGCAUUUGUUAAAUUUUCCACUCUCACGAAGGAGCUUUCUACAUUGCUGAAGAAUUUGUUGCAGAAUCUUAGUCAUAAUGUCAUCUUCACUUUGGAUUCACUGUUGAAGGGAGACCUCAAAGAUGUCAAGGGGGACCUGAAGAAGCCUUUUGACAAGGCAUGGAAGGAUUAUGAAACAAAAUUUGCUAAAAUAGAAAAGGAGAAACGAGAACACGCAAAGCAGCAUGGAAUGAUUCGGACUGAAAUUACAGGAGCUGAAAUAGCGGAAGAAAUGGAGAAGGAGCGACGGGUAUUUCAGCUGCAGAUGUGUGAGUAUCUCAUUAAAGUGAAUGAAAUCAAGACAAAAAAAGGAGUGGACCUACUUCAGAAUCUAAUCAAAUAUUAUCAUGCACAAUGCAAUUUCUUUCAGGAUGGCUUAAAAACAGCAGAUAAACUGAAACAAUACAUUGAGAAACUGGCUGCUGACUUAUACAAUAUUAAGCAAACGCAAGAUGAAGAAAAGAAGCAGCUCUGCACACUCCGUGAUAUGCUCAAAUCAUCACUGCAGAUUGAACUAAAAGAGUCUAGGAGAGAUUCUCAAAGCAGACAGUCAGGAUACAGUAUGCACCAACUUCAAGGCAAUAAGGAAUAUGGUAGUGAGAAGAAGGGCUAUCUCAUGAAAAAAAGUGAUGGCCUCCGAAAAGUCUGGCAGCGACGAAAAUGUACAGUCAAGAAUGGCUACCUAACUAUAUCACAUGCAACUACCAACAGGCAACCAGCAAGACUAAAUUUACUGACAUGCCAGGUGAAGCCCACUGCAGAUGAGAGAAAAUGUUUUGACUUAAUAUCACACAACCGGACCUAUCAUUUCCAAGCAGAUGAUGAGCAGGAAUGUCAAGUAUGGAUAUCAGUAUUAACCAACAGCAAAGAGGAAGCAUUAAACAUGGCAUUUAGAGGAGAGCAGAGCAGUGGGGAGAACAGCAUCGAGGAUCUAACCAAAGCCAUCAUUGAAGAUGUGCAGCGGAUGCCUGGCAAUGAUAUCUGUUGUGACUGUGGAGCUUCAGAUCCAACUUGGCUGUCAACUAACCUAGGAAUUUUGACAUGUAUAGAAUGUUCAGGAAUACACCGAGAAAUGGGAGUACAUAUUUCCAGAAUACAAUCACUAGAACUGGAUAAAUUAGGAACCUCUGAACUCUUGCUGGCCAAGAAUGUAGGAAACACCAGUUUUAAUGACAUUUUGGAAGCCAGUAUGCCGCACCCAUCACCAAAGCCUAUUCCUCAUAGUGACAUGACUGCACGUAAAGAAUACAUCCAUGCAAAAUAUGUAGAUCAUAAGUUUGCCAGAAGGUUAUGCAACUCUUCUUCAGCUAAAGUGAAUGAGUUGUUAGAAUCCGUAAAAUCCAGGGAUUUACUUGCACUAAUUCAAGUCUAUGCAGAGGGAGUUGAACUUAUGGAGCCAUUACAUGAUCCUGGGCAGGAGCCAGGAGAAACAGUGCUUCAUUUAGCAGUACGAACUGCUGACCGGACUUCACUCCACCUGGUUGACUUUCUUGUACAGAACAGUGGCAAUCUGGAUAAACAGACCACAAAAGGAAACACAGUUGUACAUUACUGUUGCAUGUUGGAUAAAGUGGAAUGCUUAAAGUUGAUUCUUCGGGGCAAACCAAGCUUAAAUCUAGUAAACCAGAGUGGUGAGACAGCUCUUGAUGUAGCGAGAAGAUUGAAGCGGGCACAAUGUGAAGAACUGAUCGGUCAAGCUGCUUUAGGAAAAGUUAAUCCUCAUGUUCAUGUGGAAUAUGAAUGGCAGUUACGACAAGAAGAGAUUGAUGAAAGUGAUGAUGAUUUGGAUGAAAAGACAAGUCCAAUAAAAAAAGAGCGUUCUCCAAGACCUCAGAGUUUUUGCCAUUCUUCCAGUCUUUCUCCACAAGAUAAGCUAAUGAUUCCAGGACUUGGCAUUGCAAGGGAAAAGCAGCGACUAUCCUAUGGAGCAUUUAGUAAUCAACUAUAUGGAAGUAGCACUGAUUCUCCAACAUCACCAGCCAUUGAUGCCCCUCCUCUGCCUCCCAGGAAUCCAAGCAAAGCUCCACAUGGCCCAGUCCCUCCUUCAGUCCUUCCUGUAGGUCCCCAGGUUACAACUGGCAGCUCUACUCUGUCAAAGAAGAGGCCACCGCCCCCACCCCCUGGACAUAAACGAACCUUGUCUGACCCACCAAGCCCGCUACCUCAUGGUCCCCAAAAUAAAGGUCAGAUUCCUUGGGGCAUAGACUCUGGUCCCCCACUGACAAAUCGAUCAGGAAAUAAGUUUGAGGGAAUGCCUCAACAAUCAAAUACUGGAACCACAAAAACUGCCUUAGGCCCUCGAGUGCUUCCAAAACUACCUCAAAAGGUGUCCCUGAGAAAGAUUGAUAGUAUUCAUCACAGUUCAGUUGAUAAAUCGAGUUCAGAGACUUUCCAAAAGUUGUCGCACUCUAUGGACCUGCCGCAGAAGCCACCUCCAGGGGACCUACCGCAGAAACCGCAUCAUGGUGACCAGUCCCAGAAGCCACAUCAUGGUGACCAGUCCCAGAAGCCAGCUCCAGGAGACUUACCACAGAAGCCACAUGGUGACCUACCACAGAAGCCAGCUCCAGGGGACCAACCACAGAAACCACAUCAUGGUGACCUACCACAGAAGCCAGCUCCGGGGGACCUGCCCCAGAAGCCACAUCAUGGUGACCUACCACAGAAACCACAUCAUGGUGACCUGCCCCAGAAGCCACAUCAUGGUGACCUGCCCCAGAAGCCACCUCCGGGAGACCAUCCCCAGAAGCCACCUCCAGGAGAUCAUCCACAGAAGCCACCUCCAGGAGAUCAUCCACAGAAGCCACACCCAGGGGACCUUCCCCAGAAGCCACCACCUGGAGAACUGCCCCAGAAGCCCAAAGAUCUUCCACCAAAGCCACAGCCAGGAGAAAUCCCACUAAAAUCCUAUGUAGAAGUCAUUCAAAAGCCUCAGUCUGGGGAGGUAUCUCAAAAGCUUCAGGCUGAAGAAUCUUUUCCAAAAACACUGAUUGGAGACACACCACAGAAACAGUCAACUGAUGAUACAAAUGAUACUUCAUCCAACCUAGCCGGGACUCCCGUGCCUCUGCCACGUAAGAUAAAUACAGCGAAGAAUAAAAUCCGACGAGUAAAAACUAUAUAUGACUGCCAAGCAGACAAUGAUGAUGAACUUACCUUUAUAGAGGGAGAGGUGAUAGUUGUGACAGGUGAAGAGGACCUAGAGUGGUGGAUUGGUUACAUCGAGGGGCAGCCGGACAGAGGUGGAGUCUUUCCAGUCUCGUUUGUGCACAUCUUAUCUGACUAAGCACCAAUGGACUGACAUCACAUUCUCAAUGGUGGAUUCUUCCAUUUGACACAGUAAAGCGGCUGCAGCUACCCUAUCUAUGUGCAUACUUUGUACAUAAAUGAUCAAAAAUUAUUUUAUGCUCACCUAGUGAGGUGACUGUAUAAAUACUGUGUUAUUUGCCUUUGCCAGUAUUAUAGUAGCCUUGGAACCUGGCACGCCUUACUUGGUGUACUACAGUCAUCCAUGGCAUCUAGCACUUAUUAAUCUUACCUAUGCUAUAGAUAGGAUAUAUCUCCUGCCUGCUUAUCAAAUCAUAAGCAGCCACUGAGUAAUUUAACUAUAUAAGCUUUUAUUCUCAAUAUCAUCUCAGUAUUCUAAACAAAAUAAGAGUGGUUUUGCUGAGGAUACAGCCAGGUAUCAGUUUGCACUGAUCCUCUUUGUUCUUCUCUUUAUAACAUGGAUGCUGUGCAUACUGUUCUUAAUGUACUCAUGGACGUAUGUGAUUUUAAUUGUAAGUGGUCGGACAAAGAUACGAGAAUGAAUGAUUGGGGAAUUUGUUAGUUUAUUUUACCUCCGUUUGAGGCGACAUGUAGAGAAAUCCAUACAAGGAUUUAUUGCCUGUUACAUCUGAUUAGCAAUUUAAUAAACUAAAUUGGCCUUUCGGCAAACCUAUUGAAAAUUAGAGCUGAGAAUUUUCAAGUUUGUUGUUAGAAUUUUAGAGCAGUGCUUGCUUACCAUUUUAACAGAUAGGUUGUUGAAAAGAAAUUGCCUCUUCAGCAUCCAUUCACACUUAACCUAUUUAUUAGAUUACAAACAUUUCAUUGCAAUUUAUUAGUUGAAUUUUUAACAGUAAAAAUUGGAAGACUAAAGUACCUAUAUGAUUUAUAUACUGAUGGAAUUACAGGACACCAACAUAAACACAUCCAGUCUUAGCUGUAGUAGAGGGAACAUCAAUGUCCUGCCUCAGAGAUCAGUGUCCUGUAGUUAACAUAACAUCAAGGGGCAUAGGGGAGUUCUUUAAUAGUUGAUGUUUAUUCACAUUUAACUUCAAGUGGUAUAUGUUGCAGGCAGCAGUUGUACACAGUGAAAGUAUACAGUUAUGUUUUGAAUAUUAAAUGACAUGUUUACAUAAUUUGGAAUUGUGCAUCGACGAUGUACUUCAUUAAUUUUCCCUCCUUUCUCCUAUUAUCAAAGUACUUAUUAUACAUGCAAACCAUAAAUUGCAGUGUUUAACUGCAAGAAGGAUGUUGAAAGCCGUUCAUGUUACAUCUCUUGAAAUGUACUUAACCUGUGAAUGUAAUCAUUGUAUGGAUAAUUAAUCAUUUGUGGAUUGGGAGACAAGUGAGCGAUCUUACCAGUUUUAAAAUAUAUCUACAUAUUCAACUUGGCUACUUGGGCUCUGUGAUAGAGAAUAAAUUGCAUUAUUUGCACAAAUCUGGAACUGCUUGGGGAACAAAGUGACAGUGCAUCUUGGGUUGCUUAAGGCGUUAAUGACUACACACCCUCAUAUUCAUUAUUGAUAUUCAGUUAUUCAAACUUAUAUUAGGGACCCAAAAAUAAUAUAGAACUUUGAAGAAGUUUACUUGCAUUUGAAUCAUUUCCAGGAGAAAGGGUAGGUCUUGGUGUUUCUUAGAAGUAUUCAGUUAAUCUCAACUCUAAACAAUAACUGUUUUCUUUAAAAAGGAUGUUAUUUAAUUCUUAAGGUACAUAAUUUCUGUAAGUAGACUUAGAUAAAAAAGGAAUAAAAACUUAAAUUGCAUAUGAUGUGUUAUCUCUGAGACAAGACCUCUCGCCUGGUGCUGCAUUGGUCUUGAAUUAUGUUAAACUGUUGCCAUAUUCCCAUCUCCAUCUUUCACAAAUAUUCAUGCCGACAGAAUGAGUGGUUGGGUUCCAAUUCUUCCACCCCACCUCAUCCCGCCGUUCCCAGCAGCCUGAAAUUAUUUGUCCUUAGUAGGUGUGAACAAGCUAUUGACAGUAGAUUUUGUGAUGUAUUCAUUGCAAACACUGACACAAGAUACUGGGUCAGAUUGGCAGAAUUUGAUUUGCUCGAGCUUUUCAUACAAACCAUAGAAAUGAAUAAUAGCUCAAAUUUAACAUGGUAAAGCAUAUUCAGUAAUUUGAAAUGACUGCAAUGUGCUUAAAGCCACAAUUGUAUGUGGUUAAUUAUUCAAAUGGAUUUAUUUCAUUUAAAAACUGUUACAUGUGCAUUACUUAUAAUCGUAUAUGAAUGAUAAACUAGAUUUUUCAGUAAUGUAUCUCUUUUAUCUUGGAUUAGGCUCCCUUAAAAAUAUAUCAUGUAAAUCAGCUGGUACUAUCAACCUACUGGAUGUAAAGGUGUACAGUAUGACUGCAGCUUACCAUAUCAUGUAUUUGCAGUUUUUUUUAAUUAUGUACAAGAAUUGCUGUGGGAAGAUAUUUUAAAAAGCAAACUUGUUUGUGUUCAGAUAUAAUAUUGCAACAUAAAAUCCUGUGAUAUGUUCCAAAUGUA